AUGGACGUUGAGAAGCCUCAGCUGGUUCAGUCGGAGGAUGCGAAGCAUCCUGCCAGACUCGAGGACAAUCUUGACUUGGAGGAGAUUGGCGAGCGGGAGGGCUACGUUUUGAACGAUGCUUCUCUUGUCAACGAGCGCGGUCUCAAGACAACCGCUGACGGUCAAAUUAUUCUCAUCCCACAGCCGAGUGACUCACCCAAUGACCCAUUGAACUGGUCGUCGUUCCGCAAGCAUGCCAUUCUCAUCAUCAUCUCGUGCACUGCGUUCCUGCCAGACUAUGGUAGUGCAACUGGUGCGGUGACGCUGACGGCGCAGGGAGAGGAAUGGAACAUGGACCCCAAUGUCGUCAAUCACUCCCAGGUUGGCAAUGUCUUCAUGCUCGGCGCAGCUGGUCCUAUCAUCGUGGUUCUCGCCGCGUACUUUGGCCGAUACCCCGUUCUUUUCUGGUAUACCCUGUUCGCAUUGGCAACCGCAAUCUGGUGUGCCGCAGCGCAAAGCUUUGAGUCAUUCAUGGCCGCCCGUAUUCUCAACGGAUUCUUCUCAACAGUCGCGCAAGGCGGCGGCCUCAUGUUCGUCAAAGACAUGUUCUUCCUCCACGAGCACGCCCGCAAGAUCAACAUCUGGUCCGGCUUCAUCAUUCUCUCUCCCUAUAUGGGCCCCCUCCUCGGCGCCUUCAUCGUCAACACCCAAAUCUGGCAAUGGACAUUCGGCCUCUACGCCAUUGAAACCGGCCUCUGUCUAAUCGCCAUCAUCUUAUUCGUCGACGAAACAUACUACGACCGCAAGACGUCCCGGCCGGAACUCGUCCCUCAUGGCCCGCGCUGGCAGCGCAUGCUGGGCAUCCAGCAGGUCCGCACAAAGUAUAUCGAUAACACCUUCAAGGAUGCCGUCAUGCGCCCUAUCACCAUCCUCGGCAAGCCUGUUCUCGUCCUUUCUAUGAUCUUCUAUAUGCUCAUGUUUGCAUGGGUUGUCGGCAUCAAUACUACUUUGUCGAUCUUCCUUGCGCCGAAGUAUGGUUUCGGCGCUAAGGCUAUAGGCUACUUCUACUUCACCCCCAUUGUAGCCGCUAUCAUCGGCGAAGUCGCCGGCCACUGGCUCCAUGACUGGAUCGCAAACACAUACGCAAAGCGCAACAACAACCGGCUCGAGCCUGAAGCCCGUCUGUACGCUAUCUGGGUCGCUAUGCCUUUCUUGGUCUCUGGCCUGAUUCUACUUGGUUUCGCGCUUGAGCGUCACUACCACUACAUGAUCGCCGCGCUGGCAUGGGGUCUUUAUGUGUUUGGUAUCAUGAUUGUCACAGUCGGAGUCAACUCGUACGUGCUUGAUGCGUAUCCCGAGGCGAGUGGAGAGGUUGCGGCUUGGAUCAACUUCGGACGGACGACCGGUGGAUUCAUUGUCAGCUACUUUAUGGUUGAGUGGGCGGAGAAGGAGGGAACCAUCAAGCAGUUUGGAACCAUGUGUGGGUUUGUGGGUGUUUCGUUUGUGAUUGUGCUUGUGUUGCAGUUCUGGGGCAAGAAUUUGAGGGCUUGGAGUGGACCCGCCAAUUUCAAGACAGCUUGA